CCCAGAGCCCCGGUCCCGGACUCCAGGUCCCGCUGUUGUCGCCGGUGCCGGUGCCCGGCAGCCAGAGCCCCGUGCCCAACAGCCGGUGCCGGUGCCCGUUAUCCGGUCCCGGAGCCCAGUUCCCGGUGCCGGUGCCCGGUCCCCGUAGCCGGUCCCCAGUUCGCCAUCCCCGGUCCCGCUCCCCAGGCCCCGGUGUCGUCGCCGGUGCCGGUCCCCGGUGCCGCUCUGACAUCAGCACCGGGCGGGGCGGGGCGGGGCGGCUCCGACCGGGGAAGAAAAGCGUCUCCCGGUGCCCAUCCCGGUGCCGGUACCCGGUACCCGGUGCCGCUGCCCCAGCAGGCGGGGGGGCUCGGCCACCACCGGGGCUCACGGGGACCGGCGGCCGCCGCGGCCGCCAUGGACCGAACCGGGCGUUGAGCUCCCCCCGCCCCCCGCCCGGUACCGGGACCCUCCCCGAGGCCACCGGGGCGGUACCGGCGGGGCGGGCGCUCGCAGCAUCCACCGGGAUUUUGGGGAGCAGCACCCGGGAAACGGCCGGGACGCACCGGGAGCGCCGGGAGCGCCGCCCCCCGGGCAGAGCUGCCCCCGCCCCGCCGCGCCCCGUCCCCGGAGCCGAGCCGAGCCCCGGGGCCGCCUCGUCCUUUGUGUGCGCCGGGGCACCGGGCACCGCCGGGAGCACCGGGAGCCGAGCCCGGGCGGUGAUAGCGGGGAGCGGGAGCGGCCCCGGGGCCCGGGGACCCCCCGGCGGCCCCAUGAAGGAGCCCGACGCCAUCAAACUCUUCGUGGGGCAGAUCCCGCGGCACCUGGAGGAGAAGGACCUGAAACCGAUUUUUGAGCAAUUCGGGAAAAUCUACGAGCUCACCGUCAUCAAGGACAAGUACACCGGGAUGCACAAAGGAUGCGCCUUCCUGACCUACUGCGCCCGCGAGUCGGCCCUGAAGGCCCAGAGCGCCCUGCACGAGCAGAAAACCCUGCCGGGGAUGAACCGGCCCAUCCAGGUGAAGCCGGCGGACAGUGAGAGCCGAGGAGAGGACCGGAAGCUCUUCGUGGGGAUGCUGAGCAAGCAGCAGGCGGACGAGGACGUGCGGAAGAUGUUCGAGCCCUUCGGCACCAUCGACGAGUGCACGGUGCUGCGCGGCCCCGACGGCACCAGCAAAGGCUGCGCCUUCGUCAAGUUCCAGAGCCACGCGGAGGCCCAGGCCGCCAUCGCUGCCCUGCACGGGAGCCGCACGCUGCCGGGCGCCUCGUCCAGCCUGGUGGUGAAGUUUGCGGACACGGAGAAGGAGCGGGGGCUGCGGCGGAUGCAGCAGGUGGCGAGCCAGCUGGGCAUGUUCAGCCCCAUCGCCCUCCAGUUCGGCGCCUACAGCGCCUACACGCAGGCGCUGAUGCAGCAGCAGGCGGCCCUGGUGGCCGCGCACUCGGCCUACCUCAGCCCCAUGGCCACCAUGGCCGUCCAGAUGCAGCACAUGGGCACGGUCAACCCCAACGGGCUCAUCGCCACCCCCCUGCCACCCUCCUCAGGAACCAGCACCCCCCCGGCCAUGGCGGCCACCCCCGUCCCGGCCAUCGCGGCCCCGCUGAGCGUCAACGGCUACAGCCCCGUGCCCGCGCAGCCCGCGGGACCCCCCGCCCCCGACGCCGUCUACGCCGGGGGGGUCCCCCCCUUCCCAGCCCAGAGCCCCGCGGCCCCCGGGGACCCCCUGCAGCAGGCGUACGCAGGCAUGCAGCACUACACUGCCGCGUACCCGGCCGCCUACGGGCUGGUGAGCCCGGCCUUCGCCCCCCCGGGACCCCUGCUCGCCCCUCCGCCCCCUCCGCAGCAGCAGCAGCGCGAAGGCCCCGAGGGCUGUAACAUCUUCAUCUACCACCUGCCCCAGGAGUUCGCCGACACCGAGAUCCUGCAGAUGUUCCUCCCCUUCGGCAACGUCAUCUCCGCCAAGGUCUUCGUGGACAGGGCCACCAACCAGAGCAAGUGCUUCGGCUUCGUGAGCUUUGACAACCCCGCGAGCGCCCAGGCCGCCAUCCAGGCCAUGAACGGAUUCCAGAUCGGGAUGAAGCGGCUCAAGGUGCAGCUCAAGAGGCCCAAAGACGCCAACCGGCCCUACUGAGCCUGGUCCGGAGGCUCCGGAGCAGCACCUUUGGGUGCCCCCCCAUUGCAGAGCAGCCCCCGCAAACCCAGCGGUGCCCGGGGGGGGGCUCGGUCCUGCUGGGGGGGGCCCCAGACCCCCCCAUGCUCAGGAAGGAUGGACCCCCCCUCCAGGCCCCAUCCGACCCCCCCAGUCCAGCCCAGUCCAUCCCAGUGCCCCCCCCCCCAGCAGCCACAUCCACUCCGUUUUUGGGGGGUCGUGCCCACCCUGGGGGGGCCCCAAAAGGACCCCCCCCCCUCACUCCCCCCCUCUGGGGACCCUUCUUGGGGCUUUUCUCACCAAACAGGACCAAAAGCAGCUCCAAACUGGGGGGGGGGUGUCUCUGGGGGGUCAUGGGGGGUCCUGGGGGCCUUCGGGGGGGAUCCCUGGGGGUCCCAAAGGGGGGACUCGGCCCCCCCAAUAUCCUCCCGGGGGCGCAGCGGGACCCCAACACUGCCACUGCCACCCGCUCCGCCCACAACCUGCCUCAGUUUCCCCUCGGGAUGGGCCAGCACUGGGAUGGGCCGGGACUGGGAUGGACUGGGACUGGGAUGGACUGGGAUGUGCUGACAGUGGGACAGACUGGGAUGGACUGGGAUAAACUGGGACUGGGAUGGAUCAGCACUGAGCUGUUCCAUCACUUGGAUGCUCUGGCACCGGGAUGAUCCCACACUGGAAUGUUCCAGCACUGGGAUGUUCCCACACCGGGAUGAUCCCAAACUGGGAUGAUCCCCAUGGGGUGCUCCGGCACUGGGAUGCUCCGGCCCCGCUCUGGUCCAGCACUGGGAUGCUCCAUACUGGGACGCUCUGGGACCAGGAAGCUCCGAUACCGGAAUGUUCCAGCACGGGAAUGCUCUGAUACCGGGACGAUCCCACAGCAGAGGAUCCCACAGCACUGGGAUGCUCCCACACCAGGAUGCUCCAAUCCCAGAAUGUCCCAGCCUGGGGAUGCUCCAGGAUCAGAGGGAUCCAGGACCGGAACGCUCCGACACCAGAACGUUCCAUCGGAUGCUCCGCCACCGGAAUGAUCCGAUCCCGGAAUGCCGCGGCCGUGGGACGCCAUGCCCUGACCCCGGGAUGUCCCCACUCCUCUGGGAUGUCCCCACUCCGAAAUGUCCCCACUUUUUGGGAUGUCCCCACCAGGAGCCGGAUGGACACGGAGUGGCCGAUCCCGGGAAUUCCUGGGAACUCCAAACCAGCCAAGCCCAGGGGACACCGGGAGCAGGGACAGGGACACGGACACGGACAGGGACAGGGACAGGGACAGGGACAGGGACACGGACACGGACACGCGGCUCCAGCCCUGCCCGGCCCCAAAUCCCAAAUGAUCCCAAAUCCCAAAUCCGGGGGGUGCCAGCCCCCACCAGCCAAACUGGGGCCGUGUCCAGCCCGGAGCCCCCCAGGACCCCAAACCCCAACAUCCCCAACCCAGUGCCCCCAGCACCCCAAACUGGGACAAUUCCCCCCCAGGUGGGGUCGGUGCCACCCCAGCCCCCCCAGACUGGGUCAGAACCCCCCCCAGUUCCCCCCAAACGGGGUCAGGGCUCCCCCAGCCCCCCCCAACCGGGCUCGGUGCCCCCAACCCCUCCCAGUGCCCCCAGCACCCCCAAACCAGUGCCCCCCCUUCACCCCCGCCCCCGCUGUACAUAAGGGGGGGCGCGGGGCCCCCUCUGUGUCCCCCCCAUUUUGGGGGGGUUUGGGACCUGCUGGGUUGAUUUUGGGGGGUGGGGGGGGGGGUUUGGGGGGCAUUGGGGGAGGGGCAGUGAAGCCCCCUGGGCUCAAGGCUUUAUUUAUUUGCUAUUUAUUGCAGUUCCUUUCAGAAUUGACUUUUUUUUCUCUUUUUUCUUUUUUUUUUUUUGGUUUUUCUGUCGAAAUAAUAAUAAUAAUAAAAAAAAAAAAAAAAACCAACAUCAAAAAAA